UUGGAAGUCUAUGUUCGUCGCGCGUACACAUCAUACGACAUAACAUGCCUCCAGCACCUGGCUUUGUCUGGGGAAUUGGGUGUGGUUCACUUCCAAUUCGUGCUCCCCACAGGACAUCCGAACAGGAUACCUAUCAGCCAAUCAGAAAUCGAACUAGCAUCAGCCCAGGAUCAAGAGGGUGUACCAGCGGAACUAUCAACAGCUGCGAUGAGGAAAUGUCACCAUAGAACGGGGGCUUUGGCUGCAUUCAACUCAUUCGAGCAGUUCGCAGAAUACGCUGAUGAGUUACUGGAUUUGGUACACGAUUUUGCCAGCUCAGCUACUGUUAGACGUGAGGACCUCCAAGCGCUGCAGGAGGGAAGCGAAAAUCGUGACAGCACCAGCAUCAAUGUGGGACUUGAUCUGAAACCGAAUACUGAAGAUGAAGUGGAGUUGGAGCCGAUCCACAUCUUAAUGAUCGGUGUCCGGGACAACGGGGAGAGUGAUGACGUCACCGUGUCCCGUCGGUUCGGACACUUCUGUAGAGUACACAUGAGGGAAUUACACCACAAGCGAAUAAGAAGGAUCACAUUCAUGUUGCUCAUCAAGCGUCAGUUCCCCAAGUUUUUCACGUACCGCGCGAGGAAUGAUUUCUCUGAAGACACUAUUUACCGUCAUCUCGAGCCAGCAUCCGCUUUCCAGUUGGAAUUAUACCGGAUGAGGAGUUAUGAACUAGAGGCUCUGCCUACUAGCAACCAGAAAAUGCAUUUGUAUCUAGGAAAGGCCAAGGUGAAGAAAGGUCAGGAGGUGACGGACUACCGCUUCUUCAUCAGAUCCAUUAUCAGGCACCAGGAUCUCAUCACCAAGGAAGCUUCCUUCGAGUAUCUGCAGAAUGAAGGGGAAAGAUCACUUCUAGAAGCAAUGGAUGAACUAGAAGUAGCUUUCUCACAUCAGCUCGCCAAGAGAACUGACUGCAACCAUAUAUUCCUUAAUUUUGGCCCAACCGUCAUUAUGGAUAUUGCUAAGAUUGAGGAGUCCGUGCUAGGAAUGGUAAUGAGAUAUGGUCCUCGGUUGUGGAAAUUGAGAGUGCUUCAAGCGGAAAUUAGAUUCACUUUAAGAACAGGCCCCGGCGUGCCUACGAAGAAUGUCCGUCUUUGUCUGUCAAAUGGUUCGGGAUACUCUCUGGACGUGUAUACAUACGAGGAAGUAGUCGACCCACGGACCGGAGUGAUUAUAUUCCAAUCCUUCGGCCCCAAACAAGGUCCAAUGCACGGUCUGCCAAUAUCGACGCCUUAUGUCACAAAGGAUUAUCUACAGCAGAAGAGGUUUUUGGCUACAUCUCAAGGCACCACGUACGUGUACGACAUCCCGGACAUGUUCCGACAAGUGGUUGAGGGACACUGGAGGGACAGCAUUGACGAAGGGAUCGUGGACGGUCCGAUGCCCGACACAGUAAUGGUUUCCCGUGAACUGGUGGUGGAAACUGACGGAGAGAGACGCAUCAUGGAGGUCACCAGGCUGCCCGGACAGAACACUGUCGGCAUGGUGGCGUGGCGGUUGACGCUCUACACUCCCGAAGUGCCGUCGGGUCGUGAUGUUGUGCUGAUAGCGAACGACCUAACACAUUAUAUGGGGUCAUUUGGACCCCAAGAGGACUGGGUGUAUUAUCGUGCUUCAGAAUACGCUAGAGAACUCAAAAUACCCCGGUUAUACGUGAGCGUAAAUUCCGGCGCACGUAUCGGCGUAGCUGAAGAAGUGAAAUCAGAAUUCAAAGUAGCCUGGCUUGAUUCAGAGCGCCCCGAAAGAGGUUUUAAAUAUUUAUACCUCAGUCCAGAAGCAUAUUCACGGCUGGGGGCAUUGAACUCUGUGAAGACCGAAUUGAUUGAUGAUGAGGGAGAAUCCAGAUAUAAGAUAACCGAUAUCAUAGGUAAAGAAGACGGUUUAGGCGUGGAGUGUUUGAGAGACGCUGGCCUCAUUGCUGGGGAGACGGCUCAGGCCUACGAAGAUAUAGUUACCAUCUCUAUAGUGACAUGCAGAGCUAUUGGCAUAGGGUCAUAUGUUGUGAGGCUCGGUCACCGCGUCAUCCAAGUUGACUCCUCCUACAUAAUUUUAACGGGUUACAUGGCGUUGAACAAAGUUUUGGGUCGUUCAGUGUACGCAUCGAACAAUCAAUUAGGAGGAAUACAGAUCAUGCAUAAUAACGGAGUGACACACGCUGUGGCGCCAUCUGACUUGGAAGCAGUGAGAACGGCGCUCAAGUGGCUGGCAUAUGUACCUAAGGACAAACUAAGCAUGGUCCCCAUACUUCGUAGCGCGGACCCUAUAGAUCGGCCAGUAGAGUGGGUCCCGCCCCGCGCCGCUCACGACCCGCGACUAAUGCUGACCGGAGACGGCGUGCGAGCCGGCUUUUUGGACAUGGGGUCCUUUGAUGAGAUCAUGAGGCCGUGGGCGCAGACUGUUGUUACAGGUCGCGGUCGUCUAGGCGGUAUCCCGGUUGGCAUCAUAGCAGUGGAGACUCGAACCGUGGAGCUAACUUUGCCCGCCGAUCCCGCCAAUUACGACUCAGAAGCAAAGACUGUGCAGCAAGCGGGACAGGUGUGGUUCCCCGACUCUGCCUACAAAACCUCCCAAGCCAUCAAUGACUUCUCAAGAGAGAACCUGCCCAUCAUCAUAUUCGCAAACUGGAGAGGAUUUAGUGGAGGACAGAAAGAUAUGUACGAACAGAUAUUGAAAUUCGGUGCUGAAAUCGUUCGGGCCUUACGCGGGGCCUCGGCCCCAGUAUUAGUGUACAUUCCUCCCGGGGCCGAAUUAAGAGGCGGGGCCUGGGCCGUUGUAGACCCGAGCGUUAAUAACUUGAGAAUGGAAAUGUAUGCUGAUAAUGAAGCACGUGGCGGCGUUUUAGAAGCAGAGGGUAUUGUUGAAGUGAAGUUCAAACAACGAGACAUACUCAAAACUAUGAACAGGCUCGACCCCAACUUACUGAGACUCAACUCAAGAGUUAGUGAAAUUAAGGAACAAAUCAAAGAUAUCUCAAAGAACUUGGACAGGCGGGGAUCCAUUGAUGACGUGCUCAUAAAGACUGAGUCUGGGAAACAAGCCGAAGCUAAAAUACACGAAUUGGAGACAGAAUUAAGUACUGCUGAGAAAUCUAUAAAGGCCAGAGAGAAGGAAUUAAGUCCUAUAUAUCACGAGAUAGCGGUACAGUUUGCUGAGCUCCACGAUACAGCUGAGAGGAUGUUGGAAAAGGGUUGUAUAUUUGACAUAAUACCAUGGCGCGAAUCCCGUAAUCUACUACACUGGAGGUUGAAAAGGUUAUUACUACAGAACGAACAGGAGAGAAGAGUACAAACAGCAACCCGACCAGCUAAAAUGGACCAACGGGCAGCGGCUGCCACUUUGAGAAGAUGGUUUACAGAAGACCGGGGAGAAACACAAUCACAUCAGUGGGAGCAUGAUAAUAAAGCGGUCUGUGGCUGGCUGGAAUCACAAGUAAUGGAUAAUGAAUCGGUUCUGGAGAGAAAUCUGAGGGCUAUCGCUGAGGAUGCUGCGUUGCAGGCAUGCAAUGAGUUGGUUCGGAAACUGAGUCCAUCACAACGAGCAGAGUUCAUCAGAAAGAUUACAGCAUUAGAUAUGGAGACGGAAUAUAAUAAUUAG